AUGAAGUCUAUUGUGUGCAAAACGCAGAGAGGACACCGGGCCGAUACAGUAGUCAGGCGUCCAUGGGCGCUGAGAACACGAUGGUUACGGGAGCCGAGGCUGCAGGCGGCGAGCCCUGCCUGGCGACCAAGACGUUUCGGUGCAAGCACUAAUAACUCGGCCGGCGAGCUGCGUGAGAGCGUCGAGUACUGUAUGUAUCUCCCAGACUCCCAUGCCAUGCCAUGCCAUGCCACGCCUGCCGACUUCCGGGGUCAAGGCCGUGCCGGUGGGUCGCGGAUGAUCGCGAUCAGCAGGUGCGCGGCAUUCAACGGGCAGCUCCAGCGCGCGCAUCGCUGCCCUCUCCAGCGCCCGCCAGCGCGCGCUGCAGCCCCGGGGCCGUGUCGGGCGGGCUGGAGAGGCGGAGGCGACAACGGCAGACCCUUUCGUCGGCCGGGAUGGCGCUGGGGAGGCCAUCCCUGCACCGGGAGCCGCUACUGUAAACGUCCGCCCGUCGCCGUAAAGAACGACGGCGCUGCCGUUAUGUAUGAGCGCUGCUCCGCCAAACUGCCUGAGCGGUGCUGCAUGCCGCAAGAGGCGUCGGCCAGAGGCGCCAGGGCCCUGUCUCCGCCGGCGUCGACGCUCCUGGGGCCUCGCUGCGAGCGUUGGUGUGCUGUGUCAUGCAACAGCGCGAAAGCGACCUGGUUCGACGGAUUACGAGUACCGGCCUGGGGGAUCUGCUUACACUGGGCUCGUCGCCCGAAUAACGAACGAACGCCUUCUUCCCCAGGAAUUGCGUCUCUGCCUCCUGCUCUCCGCCGUCCGCCGUCCGCCCUCACUGCUCGUGCUGCUGCGGGCGUUUUGUUCUCUGGCUUCAGCCCUUCGUUUGUUGUCUCCUGCAAGGCGAGGCUGGCGGGGACGUGGUCUGCGCGCCGUUCUGCCCCAGAUUCUGUCCCUCCGCCGCCAGCCAAUCGCGCGCGCGCGUCGUGGGAGCUUGCCAGCUGCUCUGCGCCGACGCCGUGUCUGCUACAUUCUGGCCUGACGGCUUCCAGCGGACUCGCUGAGCCCAUCGCCGCCGGCCCACAGCUACACAGCUGCUUGCUUCGGCGGUGCUGUCCGACGCUGUGCUGCUGGCCCCGUAGCAGCAACCGUCCCGCUGCUCCCCCCGUGCAUGCCGGAGUAUUGGCCGUACAGCAACGGAACCAGCCGUAGAGACGCU